AUGGCUGUGCUAAUGCAGUCUUUAAGAGAGGCAUUCUAUGUCUCGAGACAGCUGAGAGUUUCGACACGUUUGUUUACCACGUCACAAUAUCUGCUACAUGGUUCUCCAUCUACUAAAGUUGAAGAUGGUAAGUUAACGGUCUUAGGAACAACAUAUAAAACCGAUGAAUGGACAAAUGCUACACCGAGGAUUCUAUCUUUGGUGGGUAGGGAUUUACACAUGAACCCAAAUCAUCCAAUUGGUAUUCUUCGCUCGUUGAUUGAAAAUCGCUUCCAAGGUUUAGGGUAUACAAUGUAUGGUGAUUUGCAACCGAAUGUCACAGUGGCUGAAAACUUUGAUGUUUUGGGGUUUCCAAAAGACCAUGUUGGACGUUCUAAGAGUGAUACCUAUUAUUUGAACAAGGAUAAUUUAUUAAGAACCCACACCUCCGCACACGAGCAUGAAUGCUUCCUAACAUGCCAAACACCAGGUUAUUUCAUUUGCGGUGACGUUUACAGAAGAGACGAAAUUGACAGAACACAUUACCCUGUUUUCCAUCAAAUGGAAGGUGCAAGGGUUUGGAAAAGGGAUGACUUUGCGUCCCAAGAAGAACUUCUAGCUCAAAUUCAAAAAGAUAUUGACGCAAUUCCAAAAACUGAUUUAAUUGUAGAGGAUGUUGGUUACGAUCCAGUUGAAAAUCCAAAACAGGACUUCAUGUCUGAGAUAGAAGUUGAUUUGGUGUCUCAACAUCUAAAGCGGACCAUUGAACUUUUAGUUGAUGCCGUCUUUAAUGAAGCUAAAAAGGCUGCGAAGUUAGCAGGGUCUACUGAGGAAUAUCUGAAUGAGCCAUUGAGGGUCAGAUGGGUGGAGGCUUAUUUUCCAUGGACUGCACCAUCGUGGGAAAUUGAAGUUUGGUGGAAAGGAGAAUGGUUGGAAUGUUGCGGUUGUGGUGAUGUUAGGAAACUAGUUCUUGAUAAUUCCAAUUUGGACAACUCCAUCGCUUGGGCCUUUGGUAUUGGUCUUGAUAGAAUUGCAAUGCUAUUAUUUGGUAUUCCUGAUAUUAGACUUUUCUGGUCACUGGAUAAAAGAUUUAUCUCUCAAUUCAAAGAGAACCAAAUUUCAAUCUUCAAACCAUAUUCCAAGUACCCGGGAUCUCAGAGAGACAUUUCCUUUUGGUUACCAAAAACCGAAGAUGGAAAUCUCGUCAAACUUCAUGAAAAUGAUUUGAUGGAAAUUGUUCGUGAAAAUGCUGGAGAUUUGGUUGAAAGUGUCAAAUUAACAGAUGAAUUUGUCCAUCCAAAAACCGGAAAACAUUCUCAAACCUACCGUAUUAAUUAUCAGUCCAUGGACCGUAACAUAACUAACGACGAAGUAAAUGUAAUGAAUGAUAAAACCAGGGAAGAGCUUGUUGAGAAGUUUGGUGUUCAGUUACGUUGA